AUGAAAAGUACACUUGUGCAACACUUGAAUCCAAGGACAUAUCAUUUAGAAUUCUGCGAAGAAUUCAUGGUAGUGCAAAAUGGACAUGAGUUGUAUUUUGCACAAGUAUCAGUUAACCAAGUGUCAAAAACAACCUGUUACGACGAACAAGGAUACGCCAUUAAAGUAACAUGCAUAGAGGAUCAUAGUCGCGGUGCUCGAUUUUCUGCCGUCCCUGAUUGCCAUACCUUCGAGAGCAACCGUACUACAGAAUUGAAUGACCUGGAGACAUCCGAUGAUCCUCCAGAAGAAAUUAUAAGAAGUCUAAUUGAAAUUCUACAAGACGAAGAAUAUCCUUUUCAAAGCGCAGAUUUGAACAAAACUGCUAACAUAUUAGAAAAUAUUGGUCAUUUAGUACCCAAGGAAGAUUUAAUAGAGUCCAUUAAUAUCCUAAUGACAAAGGAUGCAACAGUUUUCAACCAAGCACAAAAUCAGCUAAACGUAUCCGACAGAGUCCUGGAUAAAUUAGAUAUGGCACUGUCAUCAGCACAAUUAGAUUAUAACGAAGAAAUCACAGAAAGUGAAAAUAUUGUCAGUGUAUUAAUGUCGGAAAAAUCAUAUUAUAGAGGGGUUGGAUUGACGUCUGCAAAUGAAACAAUCCUAAUUAUGGAACAAACUCUAGAUGAACUUUUAGAGUUAGCCGACUGGGAAGUAGUGGCUUAUUUAAAUUAUACUUUAGAGGAGGACAUAUUUAAAACAGAAUUGAGCAUCACUUCAAUUACUUUGUUCCAUUCAACGGUGUUAUUCAAUGAACCAUCUAGCAAUUCACUUGAUAUUGAUUAUCAAGUUUACAGACGUGCCUUCAGCAUUCUAAUUCCAGAACAUUACUAUCAGCAAUCAGAAGUUGAGGUUCUCUUAAUAUUUCCUUCUUUUUCAUCAAUGUAUCAACAAACAGAAUGCGCGUUUUGGUAUUAUGGGCAACUAAUUAAAGGUUCAUGGAAAACAGAUUCUCAGAGCUUCCAAUCAAAUGCCGUAACCAGCAAGUAUACAAUCUGCACCUUCAACCACACCACGCAUUUUGGACAACUUCUGAUGACGCAAAAUAUUCUUACUCCAAUAAGUGAUGGCAUCCUUUCCAUGAUGACAUUGAUACUAUGCAGCAUAUCUUCCUUGGGACUUGUUAUAAUAUUCUUUACAGCCAUGUGUUUUCCCAGCUGGGGUAAAAUCAACUACGCACUUUGA